AGUUCGAUAUGUUUUCUCUUUGUUUUAGGAGGGACUUUGAAUCUGAAGCCCUAAUUUUGACAGGCAUUUCAGAUAAGUGAAAAAAUGGCAGCUUCAAUUUGGAGUCUACAACUUCAUACCGUCUCAGUUCCGCUUCGAAGUCCAGUCAACUUCAGAACCGAUUAUUUGUUGGAUUAUGCAUUCCAGAGGUAUACUAAUAGUAGUACUAGGAAGAGGACCUUCAAGAAGCUUGACGUAGUUGCCAAUGGUGAUGCCAAGAAUUCGAAGAAUCUUCCACACCAAGUUAUGGUUGUCAAGUCCGACAAGCCGAGUUUACCUCUUCUACUACAACACGCUGUUACCAAAUUACAAGAGAGCGUCAAAUCUCUCCCUCCCGCUUCCCUCCUGGUAAAGAAACAUUCUGGUGCUAGUGUAGCAAUUGCACUAUCUAUUAUGGUCACCAUGCUGGUUAUUAUGGUGAGGAGUUAUGUUGCAAAAAGGUCAAGACGCAACCGCCCUGGGUCUGUAGCUGAUCUUGUCAGGCGGGGGCAGUUAAGAUCUGAUAGAAGAGGCAUAUCAAAUCCUCUUAAAUACGAUGACCCAUUCAAUAAUCCAUUAGUUAAAGUCAGCAAGAGCAAUUCAACGGUAGAGAUGUGUGGGCAAGUGUACCGUUUGGCACCAGUAACUCUUACCAAGGAGCAACAAGCUGUCCAUCAGAAGCGGAGGUCACGUGCAUAUCAGUGGAAGAGACCAACAUUGUUUCUUAGAGAAGGUGAUUCAGUGCCUCCUGAUGUGGAUCCUGACACUAUCAGGUGGAUUCCUGCAAAUCAUCCUUUUGCAACUACUGCAAGUGAAAUUGAUGAGGAUCUCGCACAAACUAAUGUUUACCAGAAGCACGGUGUUCCAUUCCGUAUUCAGGCAGAACAUGAAGCUCUGCAGAGAAAGCUUGAAGCACUCCAAAGUGAGCAAAAACUUGGUAAACUACUUAUAGAUCCUGGGGCUGCAGAAGAUUUUGAGAGGCCAUUCAAAACGCGACUAAAGACAGAGGAGCAGCUGGAUCAAGGCCCAAAUAACCGGCAAAUGGGCUCCAAUGGUUCAGAAUCAGAGGGUGCUCGUGAUUCAUAUGUUAACAAGCAUAGUUCUGAAGAAAUGGAGAAACCCUAGAUUUGUUUCAAUACUUUACUGUAAAUUCUGUUAGAAAUUUUCAGUCUUGACGUUACUGGAUUCUGACAGCCAUCAGAAAUGAGACUGUAAAUAUAAGUUUUUUUUCCUUUGCAGCCAAGUGUGUCUACCUGUAGUAGUAAACUUCACUUCUGUAACUUUUGCGUAUUCCCUCGACUCAGCUUUGAAACCAAUGGCAUGUCACCUCAGGUUUGUUUUAGUUAAUAAUACUAAAUUCCCUUGUGGUUUGAAA